CUAUAACACAUGUAUGCUUCCCCAGAGACUUGGACAUAGUUCCGCUGGAGACAUGAUCCUCACGCCAGAAUAACAAAGAUGUUGCCCAUUGGCAUCACUCUUGUUGGGAUAGUAAUGGCCCGGACAGUUACACUCGUGCCUGGAGCACAUACUUGCGGCUUGGUUCCGAGUUCAUGAUCACGAUAUGAACUUGAAACCGCAAUACCAAUGAAAUGAUUGCGAUCAGCAAGAUCGGGCGGCCACGCGAGUCCGGAUCUUCGUGUGGCGGGCGAUCAGUGUGGCGUUUGAGCAAUGUGGGAGCCAGAUGAAUCAAUUGUCUCGGCUGGUGAACAGCGUCACACGGGAUUACAGUGCCAGCUCAACAUGCCUGUAUCAAAAGAAACACUACGGUAUAUGUCUAUCCCUAGGAAUGAUGCUACACUGGCAAGCACUCCUAGAGUUUACGAGGGACAGCGCAUGUUUCGUUUCACAGGACUCAGUACUUCCUGCUUGAGACGACGCACUGUUGAGAUACACCUAGAUGGGACGACCCUUUGGCUUAUAUUGCAUAUUGCGAACAUCGAACACACAAUGAGCGCAUCGUCACUCAAACUCCCGACCCAGCCGGGUGACGCGGAGAAUUCGGUGGUGACAGAACAGACAGAGCAACAACGUCAAUAACGUCAAUAACGUCAACAACGUCAGCGAAAUUGUGGCGUGGGUCCCAUCCCAUCAUCCUCCUCGCUUCCGCACCCAGAGAAAGCACAUUGGCUAGCUCGUACCUCGCUUGCGUUGGGUUCAAACUCUGAGUGGAUGGGUGGAUUUCCUCUUCAUUUUUGGUGGAUCCAGAUUCGGAACAGGCAGCAUCCGCCUUUUAGACUCUUGGCAUCACCGUUUCUUUGGCCAAGCGCCGCGCGCCUAAACUCUUUAGUCUGGAGCAGUCUUCUUCCUCGACGAAUAGCGUCCCAAGACACGACGCGAGUACGAGGAACGAGAUACGACACGUGGGGGCCUUGCCUUUUAUCGAAGAGACCCCAGUAAAGCCCCUACAUGCCUUGGCUUUGGGGCUGGGCUUGGUGGGGAUGGUGCGAAAACGAUGUACGAUGGAUUUCUAACCGACCUUUUAAGUUCCGAUGUCCGACAUGGUGCUGACAGCUCCGUUAUCUCGUUUCUAUUUGGUUGACAUCCCUUACCUUCGUUCUCUCUGACGUGUUUUCCUUUCUUUCUUUUCAAAGUUGAUUUCGACAUAUCUGUAUCGAUCGCGCGGACAGGUCCCAACGUUGUUGUUCUUGUUGUCGAGAUGUCCUACAAGAUCUGCACGGAGGUGUCGGACCUAUGUCCGGUCUCCGCGACCACCUACGGGUACUAUCCGAACUUCGGGGGUAACGUCUUCUUCACCGCAUUCUUCGGCGCGCUGUUCAUUGCCGGCCUCGCCAUCGGCAUUCGCGGGAAGACAUGGACUUUCGCGCUGGCCCUGGGAAUCGGGUCGGGAUUGGAGAUGUUGGGGUAUGUGGGGAGAGUGAUGAUGCAUAAAAAUCCGUGGGACUCCGCGGGGUUCAAGAUGCAGAUCUGCUGCAUUAUUUUGGCACCAUCAUUCCUCGCGGCAUGUGUCUACUUGACGAUGAAGCACCUUGUCCUACACUUCGGACCGGAACACUCGCUUCUCAAGGCUCGCCUCUAUCCAUGGAUCUUCGUCGGCUGUGAUCUGGGAUCGAUCGUCCUCCAGGCCAUUGGUGGCGGCGUGGCAGCGAGCGCGGGUGACACGCGCAACAAGAAGCUGCUGGAUACCGGUAACGGGUUGAUCGUUGCUGGAAUUUCCUUCCAGGUGGCCACUAUGGCUGUUUGCGGGCUUCUUGUUGCGACGUAUGUUUUCCGAUAUAAGAAGGCGAAGAGGAUCGGGACUCCAACCACAGAGAAGAACGAGUACAAUCCAGGCGAGAGGCGCAAGCUGAGGAUGUUCUGCGUCGCUAUUUCUGUCGCAUACAUCACUAUCUUGACUCGUUGUGUCUAUCGUCUCCCUGAAAUGUCUGGCGGCUGGGGAAACCCACUGAUGCAGAACGAACUCGAGUUUUUGAUUCUGGACGGAGCAAUGAUUGCCAUUGCAACCCUGGCUAUGACUGUUUUCCACCCUGCAAUUUACUUGCCAGCUAUGAGUUCGAGGAAGUCUGUCGCGGCCACAGAGAGCCCCUCCACAAGCGAGUAAGGGGUUCAGCGAAUUGGAGCCGUUUUUUACGUAUUUUUAGUCGGGGUUAUAAAGGAUUAUAGAGGGGCGU